UCAUGAAAAUUAAAAACACGUAAGAAUUAAUUGAACAAUCUAUUAUACAUAGUACUUAAAAAUCGUGUGGUGCGAAAAGCAUUGUGAUAUUGAAAAAAUGAUACGAAAUCUCGAAGAGGAUCAAGUUGAGCAGCACCAACAGUCCAAGAAACUUCGAGUUGGCACGCCCGUUUUCAGCGAAGAAUUCGAAGAUGAAUGCAACAACAGAUUAAUCGAAUCCAUAUGUAAAUUCGGUAGGACUGAAAAAUUAAGUGCCAUGUUGAGUCACGAGGACAGAGCAGCUUUUUGUAUGUUACACCUUGGAUCGUUUUUACAUUCAGCUUUGCUGUACAAACAAGAAAAAAUUGUUGACCUACUAUUGGACCAUAAUUCUGGAAAAGAUUUUGAUUUCUACCAAACUUUAAUGCUGAUAAUCACGGUUAAUUCGGAUCAGUAUCUCAUCUCGGACAGUUACAUGGACAGUCGUAUUUCAAAGCUUGUAGAUGCUGGCUUGAAUGCAGAGCACAUGACUCAAGUGUUGCGCCACAAUGCCCAGAACGACGAUGGGAUAAAAGCUUUACUGCGUAACGGAGCUGAUAUCAACAUAAGGGGUAGAAAUGGCACGACAGCACUGUUCUUCUUCUUUCGUGGCUCGAGCUGCUUCGGAGACAACAUGAGCAACUACGCCACCUUUCGAAAUCACAUAAGGAAACUCCAGAUCGCUGGACUGCCCGUUAGUCAAGAUAACUUGGAACUUUUUGAGGAAAUACAGAACAAAUAUGAGCAGGGCUACUUGGAAAAUUAUCGCCUCAAAAAUGAUCCUGCCACUUUAGAAUUGGAAGAGUGCAGGCAAGAGUGCCAGGAGUUAAAGGCAAUCAAAUUGAAUGCGCAUCUUUCUCUUCACGACAUCAUGUUUCAAAACGCAAACCAAAUGGCUGUACUCGCGGGCAACGAAAAUUUUCGCGACAUCGUUCUGUCCAAGAAAUUCAGACUGAAGUUUCCCAUGUACGGUUAUUUAUUAAAAUUACAGUUCAGAAAAGGAUUGCUGAGAAGGGCUCUCUUCGAAUCUGCCCUGUUCACCUUGCCCUCCAUGGCAUCCAAGGAACUGACCGAAGUUUGCUCCCUCGAAAUAUUGAAAUUAUUGAGCGACAGGGACUUGAAAAACUUAAUCAAAGCUUAUUUCAAAGCUGGAUAGAUGGACCGA